CAAUACAAAAUUGAAAAAUGAAACUGGAAAUAACAGCCAACCACCAUUAGCCACGUUUCCCACAAGGGUAAAGCAGAGACCUGAAAAUUUCGGUUGAUGCAAAGAAUAGAAUCUUGGAAAUAGAGAAACUGUUUCAGUGAUGAAAUGCAUGACAGUGACGCUGCUUAGGCAGUCGGCCAGAAAAUUCAGAGUUUUGAAUGCAGAUGGACAUUGGAGUUUCCUCAAUUUGAGUUGGCAUAAUCGCCCUAAUUGUCUUUUUUUUUUUUUUUUUUUUUUUUUUUUUAGCGCAAUACAAUGCUUCUACCUCCUUGCUCUAAUUCUUUAUUUUAUUUCUUUGUGUUCUGGAUGCUCUAUUUCUUUAAUCUUUAAUUAAAUCAUAGCUGUUUUUUUUUAACCUUCUUCUCUCCACUUUUAGCUGAAAAGAUCUUGUUUUUCUCACUCUAGUUCCUUUAAAAAGACACCCUUUAAUUUGUUGUCUUUCUGAGUGGUUUUGUGAGUCCAAAAUGGCAAAUGCAUCUGGGUUGUUCACACCUUCUGUUCCCAGUUUCAGAAGCGGCCUUCAGCCUUCAAUAAGGUUAUAUCGAUCUGGGUUUUCUUUCUCUGGAAGGAUACUGUGCUCCAGUACCAUCCAAGGUUCUAAGAAUUCUGUCUCCCCUUCUGAAUCGACAUUACCCAGGCUUGUCAGUAAAGGCUGCAAGUUAGUUGGUUGUGGCUCAGCAGUGCCCAGUCUUCAGGUUUCCAAUGAUGAUCUUGCCAAGAUGGUUGAAACAUCUGAUGAAUGGAUAUCUGUUCGAACCGGGAUCCGCAAUCGACGGGUUCUAUCAGGCAAAGAAAACUUAACCAAUCUUGCUGCUGAAGCAGCAAGCAGAGCUCUUCAGAUGGCAGAAGUAAAUCCUGAUGAUGUCGACCUUGUCUUGCUGUGCACAUCCACUCCAGAGGAUCUUUUUGGCGGUGCUCCCCAGAUACCAGAGGCACUUGGCUGCAAAAACAAUCCUUUGGCUUAUGAUAUUACAGCUGCAUGUAGUGGAUUUGUGUUGGGUCUUGUAUCAGCUUCUUGUCACAUUAGGGGAGGUGAGUUUCAUAAUGUUUUGGUGGUUGGGGCUGAUUCUCUUUCUCGAUUUACUGAUUGGACGGAUAGAGGAAGCUGCAUUCUUUUUGGGGAUGCUGCUGGUGCUGUAUUGUUGCAGGCCUGUGAUGUUGAAGAGGAUGGUUUAUUUAGUUAUGACUUGCAUAGUGAUGGUGACGGCCAAAGACAUCUAAAUGCUAGCAUCAAAAGAAAUGACACUGAUGAUACAUUGGGAUCUAAUGGAUCCGUCUUAGGCUUCCCCCCAAAGCAGUCAUCUUAUUCUUGCAUUCAUAUGAAUGGCAAAGAAGUCUUCCGCUUUGCUGUGCGAGUUGUGCCACAGACAAUCGAGUCUUCCCUUCAAAAGGCUGGUCUGAACAUGUCCAGCAUCAAUUGGUUAUUGCUUCAUCAGGCAAACCAGAGGAUCAUAGAUGCAGUUGCAACACGUUUAGAAGUCCCAUCAGAACGGGUUAUAUCAAAUUUGGCAAAUUAUGGUAACACAAGUGCCGCGUCAAUACCAUUGGCAUUGGAUGAAGCUGUUCGAGGAGGGAAGGUGAAGUCAGGCCAUACUAUUGCCGUUGCAGGUUUUGGCGCCGGUCUAACUUGGGGCUCUGUUAUUCUUAGAUGGGGAUGAAAAGUUACUUGAAUGUGAAAAUUACAGAUGACAAGGGAGAAUCAGUCAGCAGGCAGGUUCUUGAAUUCUUGUUUCUCAUCACAAAAGUCCUGCAGGUUCACCGAGGAGGUUGCAAUUGUAUACCCUUCAGUAGCUCUUUGUUGUUUGUGGGGAUUUUUGGCCAACAGUUGUGGCACUUUGUAAUAAGUUACAUUCUUCAUCUUCAAGGUUGACCUCCUUGUUGACCUCCUUGUGGGCUUAUCCCCAGGAGAUUGCAAACAGAAAUUGGCUUGUAGCAUUGGCUUAAUAUACUAUAAACAAAUCCCAUUUGAAGUA